AUGUCUGGCGCUUCUGCUAAAGGUCUCAGCGACUUGGACGUCGCCAGGCAGAUCGACCAGUUCACCAGCAAGGUCAUGGCCGGAGACUUGAAGGGCCUGUGGGUUCCGAACAAGUUCUUCAUGGACUGCGAGGUGGACGACUGCAUGUGCUGGGCGCUCCUUCAGUACAUCCACGAGACGAGGGGCACGACCCUCCACGUCCUGGCGCAGAUGCCGCCCGACAAGGAGCUGGACGUGCUGGAGAAGCGCUGGGCGCAGCUGCCGGGCUGCGAGGUCUGGCGGGACCCCGACUCCCGCAACGCCAAGGCGAUCAGGACUGGCCACGGCAUUUGA